CAGUGCGGCCGCUGCUCGCCACGCUAUACGCCGCCGAGGGUCGGCCGCAGAUCAUGGGCACGCACAGCAGGCACAGGCACAAGAGCAGCACGGCGCUUCGAACCCAUACGCCGCAGGUGCUCCAGUCCACUCUCAAUCGGGCAUGCAGUACGCGCCGCCGUCACACGCUCCUGAUGGAUUGCCAUACGCAGCAGGAGGCGCCGCAGCGGGCGCCGCUGGCGCAGCUUACGCCGCAGCAUCGCAAGGAGCCCACGGCAGCAACCCUUACGCUGCUGAGUCCGCGUCGCACACGUCGGCAAAUCUGCCGCCUGGCUACCAAGGUAGCGCUGCCACGCCAGCGCUGCAGGACCAGAAGACUGGCUCGACGGGCCGUCGCCUGCCGCCGCAAGCCCGGCAGCGGUAUCUUCCCUGUGAACUACACCAAGCCUCUCUAGCUCUCCUCCCGCAGCCGUCGAUGAUACCUUUGUGACAUACUGCUAUUUCUUUUCCUCCAGCACGAGGCGACUGAGCUCUGCGAUCUCCUUGUCGCCGCUCUUGCAGCAGCCGCCGAGCCACACGCCGCCCCAUGCAGCGUUCUCGGUCGCCGGGCGCGCCGAAGUCAGCAGCGCCUGCGCCCAGCCUGCGGGCGUGG